AUGAGGUGGAGUGGUUGCGGAAGAGGUGUUGGCGAUGGAGCAGGUGAAGGGGAUGGUGUUGCAGACGAAGAAGAAGAUGGGUUCAAUGGGAAAGAGAGAAGGGGCUGUUUGGGUUCGAGUAUAGGUGUUUGUUGCUGUGGUGUGAGGCGGGCACAUCAAGUUGGAUGUACCGCGAAGUGGAGUGGUUGCGGAAGAGGUGGUGGCGAUGGAGCAGGUGAAGGGGAUGGUGUUGCAGAGGAAGAAAAUGGGUUCGAUGGGAAAGAGAGAAGGGGCUAUUUGGGUUCGAGUAUAGGUGUUUGUUGCUGUGGUGUGAGGCGGGAACAACAAGUUGGAUGUACCACGAAGUGGAGUGGUUGCGGAAGAGGUGGUGGCGAUGGAGCAGGUGAAGGGGAUGGUGUUGCAGAGGAAGAAAAUGGGUUCGAUGGGAAAGAGAGAAGGGGCUAUUUGGGUUCGAGUAUAGGUGUUUGUUGCUGUGGUGUGAGGCGGGAACAACAAGUUGGAUGUACCACGAAGUGGAGUGGUUGCGGAAGAGGUGGUGGCGAUGGAGCAGGUGAAGGGGAUGGUGUUGCAGACGAGGAAGAAGAUGGGUUCGAUGGGAAAGAGAGAAGGGGCUGUUUGGGUUCGAGUAUAGGUGUUUGUUGCUGUGGUGUGAGUCUUUCAUAA